GAAACUAAGCACAUGUCAGUGGACAACUUCAAGUCAAGAUGGGCACUGAAGAAAAAGAAGAGCUCGCCCUUCUGGAGCGAGUAUUUCUACGUAUUGGAUCAGCAGAGACAGAUGAACAACUAGAGAAUGCCCUCAGCAAGUUCCUCACGCCUGUCCUGCUGAAGCUAUCAAGCCAGGAAGGAGUCAGGAAAAAGGUAAUGGAGUUGUUGGUCCAUAUCAACAAAAGAACAAAGAGCAGACCCCAGGUACAGCUUCCUGUGCAAGACUUGUUAUUACAGUACCAGGACUCUGAGACCACACCCUUUGUUUUGAACUUUACAAUGAUAUACAUCAAAAUGGGUUUCCCUAGACUAGAGAAAACAAAGCAAGCAGAACUGAUCCCAGUGUUGGUCAACUGUCUGCCAGGGAGACCAGAAACUCAUCAAGACAGCCUGAUGCAGCUGAUGAUGCCAGCCCUGGCUCACAUAACUAUGCCCUCUGACAUGGAAGCAAGAAAGGAAAAGUUUGCAUUGUCAGAUAAACCAGAAGUCUACCAGAUCUUACUAGACUACAUGUUGGAUGUUUUGCUGCUGCCAUACAACCUAGUCCCCCUCAGACCCAGCAGUGGUCAGUCUACCAGACCCCAGGGAGCCACCCAGAGUGACACACCAGCAGAGGGCAGCACUGGGCCACCACCAGGACUAAGUGAGCAUGCUUACAAGAGAGCCAUGGGGGAGCCACCGUAUAAAGCAGAGGAACUGGAGAAGAUAAAAUGUGGCAUUAUAAGUUUUCUGGGAGCUGACUUGUUACCAGAGGACAAAGUGGUGGUCCAUUAUGUAGUGGCAUCCUCAGAUACAAGGCACAGUGUUGCCACAUCUGCUGAUUUGGAACUGAAAAAAAUAACUGGGAGUAUUGACUGGAACGACUCUGUCAUUAUCUCCAAACUGUAUGAUAUAUUCAGAGGGACGGUGGUCAUGAAAGGGAAGGCUACAGUGAAACCAGAGCAGAGACGCCAGCCUGCUGCCACCAGAGUCAGAAUGAAAGUGUUUCCACUGCUGCUGAAAUCAAGGGAGGCUGCUGACCAAUUUCCAGCCUGUAUUCAGGUUAUAUUUGCCUGUUUGUUUGGUUCCACAACUAAUCAGAAACUCAAAGUCAUGGCAGUGCAAUUUGUUCACCAUGUUUGUCUCAAUUGCUCUGAUGCCAAGUUCAAUCCCAUUGGCUCUGUGAUAAUGUCAGGGAUGGUAAAAGUUAUAGAUGAAACCAAAGAGGAUGCAAGUCUCCGUGGCCAGGCUUACCUUGCUAUAGGAAAGAUUGCCAGGAGACUUCCUCAACUGGUCACCAAGGACAUCGCUCUGGUGCAGAAAUUCUUUGAUGCCAUGUGUAAGGAGGACUCAGAAACUAAGCUAGCCAUUCAGGCAAGCUUGUCCAUGAUGUCUGAGGCCUUCAAAGGAAUGGAAGGACCUAACUUGAAGAUCAUGGAAGCUCUCAUCAUGCAAAAUGUGGAAAAGGUAAGAGAGAAGGCAGCCUGGUGCCUGGGCACCUUGUGUGUGGGAGAGGCAAUGUUUCCACACACACAGAGAGUGAUGAAGGGGAUGCUGGACUGUGCUCAGCCUAAGCAGAUAGAGUUACACCUGACUGUGGGUGAAGCCUUGGUGUGUGCAGCUCUAGGUAGUCACUCCCCAGUAGCCAGGGAUCCAUGGACUGUACAGGAAGACAACUUCAAGCCUUUAACAGACGCAGGAAAGGAUGAAGUUGAGUGGCUGUUGUCAGAACUCCAUACCAAAUAUGUAAGAAGUGAUAACCCACAUAUUAGACAGGCUGCCUGUGUGUGGCUGCUAUCCCUGGUGAAGAGCUGCAGUGGUCACAAGGUGAUACAGGAGAAUAUGAAGACUAUACAGGGAGCAUUUAUGAGCUUACUAGCAGAAAACAAUGAAAUCACCCAGGACAUCGCCUCCAAGGGUCUCAGUAUAGUCUAUGAGAACUCCAGCAAAGAGAGGAAAGAUGAACUAGUGGCAGACUUGGUGCAGACACUCAUGACAGGAAAGAGGCCCCAGCAGCAGGUGACCAGUGAUACCCAGGUGUUUGAGGAGGGAGCCCUGGGGAAGACACCAGAUGGGCAGAGUCUAUCCACCUACAGGGAGCUCUGCUCUAUUGCCAAUGAUCUUAACCAGCCAGACCUGAUCUAUAAGUUCUUACACCUGGCUAAUCACAAUGCCAUGUGGAACUCUAAGAAGGGUGCAGCUUUUGGGUUCACCAGUAUAUUUUCUCAAGCUGGAGAACAGCUGGCGCCAUACCUGCCAAAGAUUGUCCCCAAGUUGUACAGAUAUCAAUUUGAUCCCAACCCUAAGAUCCAGCUGGCAAUGACCAGUAUAUGGCAGUCUUUGGUGUCUGAUAACAAGAAAACGGUUGAUAUGUAUGUCCAAGAUAUCCUUGAGGACCUAAUCAAGAACUUGACCAGUGCCCAGUGGAGAGUGCGUGAGUCCAGUUGUAUGGCCCUUAAUGACCUGUUCAGGGGUAGACAAAUAGACGACAUGGUGGACAAACUUCCUGUAUUGUGGGAGAACUGCCUCAGAGUGCUGGAUGAUAUUAAGGAAUCUGUACGAAAUGCAGCUGCCAUUGCAUGCAGAACCUUAAGCAAGGCUUCUAUCAAGAUCUGUGACGUAUCCCAAGGGAAGAUAGGAGAGAAGGCCAUCAGUCUGGUGCUGCCUUGUCUACUACAACAUGGACUGGGGAGCCAAGUCCAGGACGUCAGGGCAGUGGGUAUCUCUACCAUAGUGAAGAUCAGUAAGAAUGCAGGUGCCCUGCUGAAGCCUCACAUUCCUCUGCUAGUGUACAACCUCCUGGAGUCUGUCAGUGGGCUGGAGCCACAGGUUCUCAAUUAUCUCAGCCUGAGGAUAGGAGCCAACCAGAUGGCCCAGGAGAAGCUUGACAGUGCAAGAAUAGCAGCCUCAAAGUCCUCCCCCAUGAUGGAAACAGUCAAUAUGUGUAUACAGUAUGUAGAUGGCAGUGUACUCCCAGAACUGGUACCUAAACUAACAGAUCUGAUCAGGAGUGGUGUAGGAUUGGGGACAAAGGUAACAUAUUUCAGUGUAUACAGUAUGUAGAUGGCAGUGUACUCCCAGAACUGGUGCCUAAA